AUGGCUGCUUCAAGUUUCCAAGCUUUCUGCGUCUGUCUCGUUAAGAGCAAGGAUAUACAAACCUACGCCCCGUCAAGAUCAAGGGUUCCAAUAUCAUCUGAUCGCUGGCUUGCAGGAUGCGUUCCUGUCAUUCGGAGGGAAUUUCACCAAGGCAUGACUCUUGAUCAAUGUCUUGCAUCCAGUACGCUCCAGCAAUGUGCAAGAGUUUUCUUCUAUCAACUCCUGCGGGGAUUGAAAUAUCUUCAUUCCGCAAACAUAGUGCAUUGCGACUUGAAACCAUCCAGCAUCCUCAUUACCCGAGGCUGUGACCUGCAAAUAACCGGCCUGGACCACUCACGAAUUCAUGGUGAGAGAGUUACGAUAGAUCAUGUUUACGACAACGCAAACCAAUGCUAUCAGGCUCCAGAACUCAUGUUAGAUGCACAGACUUAUCACCCUGCCAUGGACAUGUGGGCGGCGGGCUGUGUCCUUGCGGAAAUGAUAAAUGGCUGUCCCCUAUUUUCCGAAGAACGAUGCACGAACCAACUAUACGCCAUUAUUAAGUUGUUUGGGUAUGCACCAGGCGAUCUGAUGGAUGGGCUCAGUAGUGGGAAUUCUUUACCAGCUCGCGAUUGGAAGCCUUUGAGAAAGCAUAUCUCCACGUCCGAUAAUGAAGAACAACUGCUCGACUUCGAUCCAUCGAUAAGAUAUCCCGCCGCCCAAGCGAUCGAGCAUGUAUAUGUUUCACUUUACCAUGAUCUAGCGGACGAACUGACGUCUGACAAGACAUGGUCAGUCGCCGACUUGGAUUAUGCCGAGUGGCCGGUCAACGAUUGGAAAACCUUGAUUCUCUCCGAAAUUGUGGACCAUCAUGAGCUUAGAAACGGGUACCAGCAGCCGGUGGAGUGUUCAAAUUAA